UCUUUGUGGGUGCUGCUCGGAGCUGCCAGUAGCUUUUGAGAGGGGCCCUAUCAGCUGAAGAUGACAACACUAAUCUUUAUUGAUCAGGAGAAUGGUGAAGUUGGGCCUACUAAGAAUCAGCUAAGACUUCCUUCAGGAUCUUCCAAGGGCUUGUCUGGAAGAACACAAAUUAAUACUCCAUGUCCUAAAAAGACAAUCAGCCCUUCUCCAGCCAUAUCUCACUCUGUCAGAAAGGCUCUUGGGAAUGUGAAUACAACUGGAGUCACAAUGAAGGUGGAGAAGACGAGUCAGAAACCUCAGCCAUGUGCUGCAAACAAAACUACUGAAAAGACUGCAGUAUCAGAAAGCUGUGAUGCAGUGGCUGAAGAAGAGUGGCCAGAAAUAGAAGAGAUGUUUCCUUCUGAUCCUUGGGACUUUGAGAGUUUUGAUCUUCCUGAAGAGUACAAAAUAAGCAACAUCAACCUGUCUGGUGUUCCCCUCAUGGUAUUUGAAAGGACAUAUGACAGGCGUGUGAACAUGGUUCCUUCACCUGUGAAGCUGGAAGAGUUUUCCUGGGAGUCUAACUUGCUGCAGUCAUCUGCUGACUUUCUUGCUACCUUGGAUGAGAUCAUUGACAUGCCAUCUCCAAUUUAUGACACUUAGUCCAUAUUCUGAUGUUUCUACUGAGUUCAAAUUUCCUGUAGUUUUGUGUUUUA